CGUUCCUUGUAACGCGUUCCCCCAGGGUGCUCGCAGCGGCACGCGUGAAGCGAUGCUUCCUGGACCGCGCUCAGCCGCCAGAGAAGAGCGGCUUCUGGCUCAGCCUUUCCCUGGGAAAUGAGCCCCCUCGGCCUUUCCCUUGGCCAGCCGAGAGAGGGCCUCAAUGGCGGCGGAGGCCGCGGCUGCCCCGGCCGCCUAUCAGCCGGUCGUGCCUUCUCGCUCCGUUUGCGUCUACACGAGCUGCUAUUGUGAAGAGAAUAUCUGGAAGCUCUGUGAACAUAUCCAAAGCAAGAAUCAAUACCCUUUAGAAGAAUUUUAUGCUGUUUUCAUUUCCAAUGACAGAAGGAUGGUACCACUUUGGAAGCAACAGGCAGGAUGUGCAGAUCAGCCUGUGAUUUGGGAUUACCAUGUUAUUUUGUUACAUGUGUCGAAUGGAGACCAGAACUUUAUCUAUGAUCUUGAUACUGUCCUACCUUUUCCAUGCCCUUUUGGCACUUACAUUGAAGAGGCUUUCAAAUCGGACAGCAUUAUUAAUCCUGGAUUUCGAAGAAAAGUGAGAUUGGUUCGAGCUGAUGUGUACCUGAAGACUUUCGCUUCUGACCGAUCACACAUGAAAGACACCAGCGGGAACUGGCUGAAAUCUCCUCCCCCAUAUCCAUGCAUUGAAACUGCGGAUUUCAAGAUGAAUCUGGACGACUUUAUUAGUAUGAAUCCAGAUGCAGGCUGGGGUUUUGUGCUGAAACUCCCUGAUUUUGUGCAAGAAUUUGGCAAUCAGAGCUAUGAAGAAGGACAAUGAAGAAUGAAAAUGCAGAUAUAGGUUUGACGUUUGCCAUGCUAUUUGUGUAUUGCUACGUUUAAAGUUGGAAUAACGUUGUGUUGUAGCAAAUAAAAAUGCACUUAGAAAAUAAAA